AUUGCAUCCGCACUUCCUGGUAGCAGAGCGCGGGGCCGCCACGGGGUUGCUGCGGGGUCCCCGGGGCCGUGCUCUCAGCCCCGGCCUGUCCCCGGUCACCUGGGGCCGGGCGCGGCAGGUGCCCGGGCGGCGACCUCGCCGCGGGUCUGUUUGGGCGCCCAGCGCCGCGGACGCGGAGCGCGAGCCAGGAGCUGGGAGCCGCCGCGCCUCGGGUGGCCUCGGGAGGUGGCAGCAGGGUCCCCCGCCCCCCGCAUUCCGGAGGCGACCGCGAGGACCCGGCUUGCGGAGGAAGGUCCAGCUGGGAGGAAACGCACUUGCUUCGCCCCAUUGCUUUGCUUGUGCAAAUGAUUCGGAGCUUAUUCACAUGGCAUUUUGGUAUGCCAGGAACCAAAAGUGAGAUAAUUAAAGGCAGUAAAACUGAAGUAAAAUAGGAAGAUCAGCCAAGAAAGACCUACUGGAGAAAGCAGAGGAUGGAAAAUAAAGUGAAGCACUGUUUUACUAUAGCAGCAGGCCUUUGAAAUUGAACUGAAAAAAAAAUGACUGCUCUUACUUCAGAGAACUGCUCUUUUCAGUACCAGCUACAUCAAACAAAUCAGCCCCUAGAUGGUAACUGUCUGUUAUUCUUGAUUACACUUGGGAAAAUAUUAUUAAAUAUCCUCACACUAGGAAUGAGAAGAAAAAACACCCAUCAAAAUUUUAUGGAAUAUUUUUGCAUUUCACUAGCAUUUACUGAUCUUCUACUUUUGGUGAAUAUUUCCAUUAUAUCCUAUUUCAGGGAUUUUGUACUUUUAGGCAUUAGGUUUACUAAAUACCACAUCUGCCUAUUUACUCAAAUUAUUUCUUUUACUUAUGGCUUUUUGCAUUAUCCAGUUUUUCUGACAGCUUGUAUAGAUUAUUACCUGAAUUUCUCUAAAGCCACCAAGCUUCCAUUUAAGUGUCAAAAAGUAUUUUAUUUCUUUGCAGUUAUUUUAAUUUGGAUUUCAGUCCUUACUUAUGUUUUGGGAGAUCCAGCUAUCUACCAAAGCCUGAAGGCACAGAACGUUUAUUCUUAUCAUCAGUGUCCUUUCUACAUUAGCAUUCAGAGUUACUGGCUGUCAUUUUCCAUGGUGAUGAUUUUAUUUAUGGCUUUUAUAACCUCUUGGUCAGAAGUUAUUACCUUGGUACAGGCUGUUAGGAUAACCUCCUAUAUGAAUGAGACUAUCCUAUAUUUUCCCUUUUCAUCCCACUCCAGUUAUACUGUGAGCUCUAAAAAAACACUCUUGCCCAAGUUGAUAGUCUGUUUUCUUGGUACCUGGUUACCAUUUGUACUACUUCAAAUAAUUAUCCUUUUACUUAAAGUACAGAUUCCAGCAUACAUCGAGAUGAACAUUCCGUGGUUGUACUUUGUCAAUAGUUUUCUCAUUGCUACAGUUUUUUGGUUUAAUUGUCACAAACUUAAUUUUAGAAACAUGGCAUUACCUGCGGAUCCAUUUGUCAACUGGAAAUGCUGCUUCAUUCCACUUACAAUUCAUAAUCUUGAGCAAAUCGAAAAGCCUAUAUCAGUAAUAAUUUGUUGACGUGUUGCCAUGUUAAAACUAAAACUAACAGCUACAAGAAUUACAAUUUUACAAAUGGGAAAGAAUGAUGACUUGGGACAUAUAAAGAAUGAACUGAACUGAAAGCUCCCCCCCGCAUCCCAAACUUUCAUACCUUUUCAGAAUGUGUCUUUUUGGGAUUGUGAUAUUAUUUAUUAGGUUUUAUUUUUUUUUAACAAAAUAUUUCCAAUAAGAAAUAUUUAUACCUGUUGACCAUACUGAUAUUUGUGUUACCCAGAAAACUACUGGAUACAAACUGUUAGGUAAAUCUGUGAUUCACUGCCAACUUUUCAGAUUUAAAUAAACAUUUUAUUACACUUAGA